CGUGGGGAGAGGUUAUUUAAUCUGAUGUCACAAGCCUACAAGGGGGAACGUGUUACUUAUAGAGGCGGACAGCAGCUGCGCGGACGCUCGGUGAGAGCGGGGGCAGAUUUCGGAGGUUGGGGUGGGUAACUCGGCAGUCAAAACAGCCUUUCCCGGUAGCUGCCCCUUGAUUUAACAUCUUCAUAGCUUCCGGGUAUUGUUUUAGCCUCCGUUCAAAAAUCCCGCUUCUACUCGACUAAUCCAAGACAGCGCAGCCAAACCCUUCACUCUUGUUUUGGCUACUGAUCACAUUUUGCUUUCUGUUCCCGCUUUAUGAUGUCUACCGGCCAUCGGAUCUUAGGUUCAAAUUUAACAGCAGAAAGCGAAACUGAAGCCUACUCAUUUCUAGAAAGAUGUCAAAUACUGAAGGUGUUGAGGAUUAUGUCAUAAAAGUGCAGGGAUUGCCCUGGUCCUGCUCUGCAGAUGAAGUGCAAAGAUUUUUCUGUGAAUGCAAAAUAUUAAAUGGACAUUUAGGGAUCCAUUUUAUCUACACAAGACGAGGAAGACCAAGUGGAGAAGCAUUUGUUGAAUUGGAAACAGAAGAAGAUGUGAAAUUUGCAUUGAAAAAAGACAGAAAAACAAUGGGACCCAGAUCUGUUGAAGUCUACAAGUCAAACAAGUUUGAAAUGGAUUGGAAUCUGAAGCAAACCGGUCCUAACAGCCCUGAUACUGCCAAUGAUGAGUUUGAUCAUUGUAGUGGACUUCCAUUUGGUUGUAGCAAGGAAGAAAUCGUUCAGUUUUUCUCAGAGAAGCAAUCCCGCAACAAGGCCCUGAAGAAAGCAAACAAAGCCUUACUGGAAGAGAACAAUUACUUGAAACUGCGGCUUGAGUUGCUUAUGGACAUGCUGAUAGACACCAGAGCACAACUACACUCAGUAGAAAAAAAACUGGACAUGACUGCUUUGCAUUCAAAUGUGAAAGAGUCAAAUAAUAAGGUGGUGAUGCUUUGAUAAACAGCUUAAUACCUAAUUGUGUUUCUGAAGUACUGACGUCUAGACACUUAAUACAAUCUAGCAAAAAAUAAUUUUGCAAUGGCUUUGAUUGUGUUUACUGUGUUUUGACUCACUGAUGUGUUGGGGA